AUGAAUCCCUACAGCGCUCACGUUAAUGCUGUUAGCUUGGUAGGGUUUUUGGCUAUCCCUAAAUCUGAUCGAGAACAUCAAAAUGAUCAAGAAUUUCGCGACUUCCGCCGUCACUUGUUCCACAGGUCACUGGAGGCAAUUCUCUCAUCACUUCAGCCCGCAAUGACUACACCAGAGGUGACAUUAUGUCCUGAUGGACAUUACCGUCGCGCAAUUUAUGGGCUCGGACCAUAUAUCGCUGAUUACCCUGAGCAAUGUUUACUUUCUUGUAUUGUUCAAGGCUGGUGUCCGAGGUGUACUGCCUCAAGAAAAGACUUGGACAAGAAGAAUGCAGGUCACCUCCAAACACAUGAAUUCACUGAACUAUUGAGGGGUACGUAUGCAUGGAAAGUGUUAUGGGACAACUGGGGGAUCAUCGAUGAUAUUAUGCCAUUUACAGCCUCAUUUCCUCAGGCAAAUAUUCAUGAGUUGUUGUCACCCGAUCUGCUCCACCAGGUGAUUAAAGGUUCAUUCAAGGACCACCUUGUUACCUGGGUCGAAAAAUAUUUGGCGAAGACAUUCGGAACAUCUAAGGCUGCAGCAACGAUGGCUGAGAUAGAUCGAAGAGUUUCUGCUGCUCCGUCGUUCCCUGGUUUAAGACGCUUCCCUGAAGGUCGACACUUCAAACAAUGGACAGGUAAUGAUUCAAAGGCCCUGAUGAAGGUAUUUCUUCCUGCAAUUACUGGCCUUGUUCCAGAUCAAAUGGCUGACCUAGAUGCGCUGGACGAUGCUUUGGCUCAGUUUCAUAAAGAGCACAACAUUUUCAUUGACUCCGGUGUCAUGCCAGACGGAAUAUCACUUCCACGCCAACAUGCCUUGAUGCAUUAUCAAACACUUAUAGAGCUUUAUGGUGCCCCAAAUGGCUUGUGCUCGUCGAUCACAGAGUCGAAGCACAUCAAGGCCGUCAAGAAACCCUGGAGGCGCUCGAAUCGUCACCUACCUUUAGGUCAGAUGCUCUUGAUCAACCAGCGACUCAAUAAACUUGCCGCAUUCAAGUCUCACCUUGCUGCCCACGGAUUCCUAAACCCAGCCUCAUUGGAACCUGCUGACAUUGAUCCAGGUGACUUCGAGGAUCUUGAUGACGAGUUUGAUCCUGAGGAGGCUCGUUUUAGAGAUGACUCCAAUCUUGAGGAUGUUGAGCCAGAUACUGAACUCACUAGGUACUCAGCAAUGGAAUACCCUCGUCGGCCUCCCGAAAUUGCUGCAUUUAUCAAUUUCCUGAAUCUUCCUGAGCUAGUGGGCCGCUUUCUAUAUGAUCAGCGCAACCCAAAUGCUUCCAUUCAAGCAGCUGAUAUAGUAGAUGUCAGUGUUCUUCCAGUUAUCGAGGGGAGAGUAGAUGUCUUCAACUCAGCUGUUGCAACAUUCUGCGCUCCAAGUGACAUCUGUGGAGUUAAUGCAAUGCAGCGCCAGCAUAUUCACAGCUGCAGGUCUUGGUACAAUGGUCCUGCUUGCCAUGACUGCAUAUUUGCCGAAAAAGACCCCUCUCUCCCCGUAUUUCAAGGCCUAUAUGUCGCUCAAGUCAUCCUCUUCUUUUCUAUCACUUAUCGUGGUCAGCUGUAUCCAUGUGUGUUGGUUCGUUGGUUCGCUCCUAUUGGCAAUGAGCCAUGUAAAUCCACUGGCAUGUGGAUGGUAGAACCUGAAUUGGAUGAUGACAGCGGUGAGCGGCUUGUGUCCGUCAUUCACUUGGACAGUAUCAUGCAUGCAGCACACCUGAUAGGUGUUUAUGGUUCACAAGACAUUCCCCAUCAUCUCAAACACACUGAUUCUUUGAUUGCUUUUUCAGCUUACUAUGUUAAUAAAUUUUCAGAUUAUCACGCUUAUGAAAUCGCUUAUUAA